UUCUCCCUAACACAAAAAAAGUCCGAAACAAAGCGAGGGCACUAAUUCUCUCUAACACAAACAAACAAAACGGAGAAAAAAGAAAAAAAGAAAAAAAUAUCGGCUAGGGUUUCUCCUCCGCCAUGGGGAGAGCGAAGAAGGGCCCUAAAUUCGCCGUCGUGAAGAGGCUUGUGAGCUCCAAAACCCUAAAGAAGUACAAGGAGGAGGUGCUGAACCCUAAGAAGAAGGACCUCGAGAAGGAGAAGCUCCCGCGCAACGCUCCGGCGAUAUCUUCGGCGCUCUUCUUUAAGUACAACACUGCCCUAGGCCCGCCAUAUCGGGUUAUUGUCGAUACCAACUUCAUCAACUUCUCCAUUCAGAAUAAGUUGGAUUUGGAAAAGGGAAUGAUGGACUGUUUGUAUGCAAAAUGUACCCCAUGUAUCACCGAUUGCGUUAUGGCUGAACUUGAGAAACUGGGACAAAAAUAUCGAGUGGCUUUAAGGAUUGCUAAGGAUCCUAGGUUUGAGAGAUUACCAUGCACACAUAAAGGAACUUAUGCAGAUGAUUGCAUCGUUGAAAGGGUUACUCAGCACAAAUGCUACAUUGUCGCUACAUGUGAUAGAGAUUUGAAGCGAAGGAUACGCAAGAUUCCUGGGGUGCCAAUCAUGUACAUUACUCAACACAAGUACUCAAUUGAGCGUUUGCCUGAAGCUACUAUUGGUGGAGCUCCAAGAUAUUGAUGACCGACGACCCCCUCUGCAAAUUUACAAACUUCCCUUUCACAGCUUUGAAUGUUCCCUCAAAUGAAGGGCAGGACAGUGCGGUACUUUCUAGUUGGAGUUUUAGUUUCAUGCCUGCAAAUUUUUGUAGCCGACGUAUGCAGGAUUGCUGUAAUAUUUAGUAUGUAGGUCUUGCUGGCCUUUUAUCUUUCAACUUAACAGCGCGUUGCUUGAACCGAUGUAUUAUGACUUUAACAGAUAAUGAAAGAUUCAUUUGCUCGUGUUGUUUCUUGCAA